AUGGCUGAGAAGCUGAGCCAAGGAGCUAAUUUGGGGUUCCCUAGUAAGCAGAUCUGGGUUUCUACCAGUCAUUCUAAGACAAACUUUCUGGUUUGGGUUCUGGCCCUUGAUAAAUAUUUGAGUAGAUCCAAUUUGUGCAAGCUUGGGGUUCAUAUCCCUAAUCAGAGCCGUGGCAUUUGUGGUCUGGUUCCUGAAUCUUGUGACCAUUUGUGUAUUCAUUGCCCUCUGGCUGCUAGGUUAUGGGAGCACUUCAUCAAUUCAGCAGGUCUCAGUUGGGUUAUGUCUCGGUCUGUUAAGGCUUUGCUGUGUAGUUGGAAGCUUUUUGGUCUGAGCAAGAAAGGGAAGUUGGUCUGGAAAACAAUCCCUGCUGCUGUCCUGGUUAUUGUCUGGUCUGAAAGUAACAGUCGUUUUCCAUAA